AUGGAUAGCAACGCCGCCGCCAAGUUGCAGCGUCCACCACCACAUGCCGACGACGACGAACUGCCGGCACUGGCACCGCCUGAGGGCCGCGGAAGCCAGAGAACUCUGACGGGGACGCGCCUGCGUGCUAUAGCCGCGCUUGCGCUCUUCUCUGACUACUGCAGGAUCGUCGGCCAGAACCUCAUGGACGGGUCGCGCGACGCGGACGAGGAUAAGCUGCUCCAGCUCUGGCGCGUGCCGGCCCUCCUUGCUCUCGCGUACGCGGUGGUCGCAGCGCUCAUCUGGUUCAUCGGGUGGCUGGAGCGGCGGCGGCUGCAGCCCGCCGAUGACCGCGACGCACGCUGGGAGGGGCGGGUGAAGCUCGCCGCACGGUUCAUGGUCCACACCAUCAUCAACCUGUUGGUGUUCUACUCGUCCUCCGUGACACCGUGCGCUUUGUUCAUGUUCAUGUGGGUUAGGUCAGGUGACCAAGUUUACAUAAAGGUGCAGAAGGAAGAAGAGAGUGGUGAAGAGAAGCAAUAUCAAGUAUUGAGGUGUGAUUUGUGA